ACUUUUAUACGACAGAGGGGAAAAUCCCGGAACUAACAAAGUGGCAUAGCUGUCGAGCAAUUGUUUGCUGCACUGUCUGGGGGCUUCAGAACGGGGAUGGCUGUCGCGCCGGGCUCAGUUCUCAUGACUUCGGCUGACCUUAUCAAAAGGGAGCCCCUGGACUACGGAGGAUUUGGAGAGGUGUUCCUGUGCUACCAUAAGACUCUGGGCCAGGUGGUGCUGAAGACUGUGUACACAGGCCGCCUGCGCAAUGAGAACAGUAAGAGGUCGCUGCUAGAGGAGGGGAGCCUAAUGACAAAACUGAACCAUGAGCGGGUGGUCAAGUUGCUGGGCGUGAUCAUGGAGGAUGGAGACUGCUCUCUAGUCAUGGAGCUCAUUCCUAGGGGCAACCUGUUGGCCAUGUUAGAGCAGGUUUCUGUGCCAAUGUCCAUGAAGGGCAGAAUCAUCCUAGAGAUUUUGGAAGGGAUGGUUUACCUUACAGAGAACCAUGUUAUACACAAGGACUUAAAACCAGAGAACAUUUUAGUGGACAAGGAUUUUCACAUCAAGAUUGCAGACCUUGGCUUGUCCACCUGUCAGACUUGGAGCAAACUCACAAGGGAGGAGUCCCGCAGGAAGAGCCGUAUUGGACAAUCAACUGGUGUGAGAGCUGCUGGCACUUUGAGCUACAUGGCUCCCGAGCACCUGGAGAGCAUCCAUACACCCUCAACAGAGAAGUCUGACGUCUAUAGCUUUGGGAUUGUGGUUUGGGUCAUCCUCACAGGCCAGGAGCCUUAUGAAUUUGCAAGGAGUGAAGACCAUAUUAGCCAGUGUGUCCGUAAUGGUGACCGACCUGCAGAGAACGCCAUCCCAGACGACACACCUGUAGAGAUCAUUCAGCUAAUGAGGAGAUGCUGGGCACAUGACCCACAACAGCGACCAACAUUUAAAGAGGGCUACAACUUCUUCCUGCCCAUCUAUGUGGAAAAGUUCAAAGCAUAUGUCGAGGAAGACUCACUUGACCUCGGGAACUUGUACGAAGGUCCAGAAGAGCUUGUUGAGAAGAUGAAGUCAUUAUCAGUGACCCCUGAAAGUUUUUCAGCAGAUUGCCCAGCUCCUUUAGUGAGCUCAGAGAGAAGUGUAUCUGUCCCAGUUGAAGCCAGCAUUGAGGACCUGGAUGUCAGUCCAUGUAACACCGCUAUGGAGUCUACUGAAUCCUCCGUCCAGACAGAUGCUAGAGCCGUUAGUGGCCCCUCAGUCUUGGAAGAGAAACUGCAUCAGGAGCUGCAGUACCACAAACACGGUAGCUAUACCUGUGUGGACCAGCCGGACUCUGCCAACUACCACUACCAGUGCUACCCAAAUCCUCUCCCCCUACAGCGUUUGACCUCUUUAGAUUACACUGAUAGACAACCAAUGCAGGACAAUCCCUCACUGGUCUCAUCUGUCCAGUCCUGGACAAAAGCUGAGCCUGUCCAGCCCACCAGCCAGGAAGAUCCAUACCGGCCCUAUGCUGGUCUAUAUGAGUCCAUGGCCACCACAGCUAGCGUACCUACUGCAUGCCACAUGCCCAUGUCUGCCAGUUCGCCAUCUCUUGCACAACUUCCUCAGCAACAUCCAUACUCCCAGUAUGAUCGCCAGCAGUCCUGGCCAGUUUACCCAGUGUCUGAUACAGCUGCACCUAACAAGAUUGGAUCCUUACAAGAUCCAGGAGGUCUUUUUAUUCAGAAUGCCAGUGGAAUCCAGAUCGGCCACAACAACACACUGAGUAUUAGGAGUCCUGACUCCUUCCAGGGCUUGUCAUCUUCUCUACUGUCCAACGGCUCAGCAAUCUCCCCCCUCAGAGAGGCCAUUCAGAAAUUUGAGGACCACACAGUGACCGAGGACCACCUAGAUAUUCUGAGGGAGAACAUUGGCUCAAACUGGAAGCGUUGCGCACGACGCCUCGGGCUGACCAACGUGGAGGUAGAGACCAUUGACCAUGACUACAGCCGUGAUGGCCUUCCAGAGAAGGUGCACCAGAUGCUCGAACGCUGGAGAAUGAAGGAGGGCAGUGUGGGCUGCACCAUCGGGAAGCUGUGCCGAGCUUUGGAAGGCCACAUCAAGGUAGACAUCAUCCAGAAACUACUGGACACCUGCAGAAACACUUUUUCCUCAUAGACUGGAUAACUGUGGUCCAUUUCCUCCCAAUCUAAAGUGUUGACUGCAGUAUUUUAGAUUCAAGAUGCUUGAUUUUGUUAUCAACACUGACAAACAAUACUUCAUUUGAACAUUUACAUAUUUUUACUCAUUGAACACUGACCAGUCUGUCUAUGAUUUGACCACAUGGACUGUGAAAGUUUAAAAACUAAACUUUCAGUUACCAAACAUUUUUUCCCAUCUUUUUUUUAUUUGUAUUUGCACCAAAGAUGAAUAUGAGCAUGAUCAGCGUUCAAGUUUCCUCCAAUGUUGGAAUUUAUAUUCCACCCCAUUCUUUCAUUGUUUGAAAGUGGGUUUUUUGCUAUAUGCACACCGCCAUGGGUGCUGGGCUAAUACAAAGUAAAAAUGGAAAAGACGUGGAGCUCGCACAGCAGUACUCUGUAUUAGACCUUUAUUAUUAAAACGGUUUUAAUAAUAAAGGUGUAAUACGGAGUACUGGUGCGUGCUCUACGUCUUUUCCAUUCUUCAUUCUUUGGACUUUCUUUUUGUUUUGUGUCAUUUCCUUCAACCUGACAAUGUUAAAUGUGUAAACUCGUUCCUGGUAGAUGUAGAAUUUCCUGUAAAGGAAUAAGACACAAAUGAUAAUUUUCCUAAUUUUACCCCAAUUGAUAAUUAUAUCGAUCCACAACAAGACCUAUGAAGACAUAUUUAACACAAAAGUAAUAUGUUAACAUGAACACGGGCAAUUAUUGGUCAAAAACUCCUAUAUGAUGGAGUUAUGGAAAAUAAUCAAAUGUAUUUAGUAAAUAUGUGUCUGUACUGAUGUUUUUGUAGUAUAAAAAUGAGUCUCAUUAAUGGUAUGUGUAAAACAUUUAUUAAAGCCCAGCACAAACACAGGUUGAAUGUAUUGUAAAGUUGAUAAGCAUUUGUAUGGUAUCAUAGUUACAGAUAAAAUGAAAUGUGAAUUAUACAACAGGACAAAACCCCUAAGUUUCAUGUUCUUCCACUCCAUGCAUAUUAAUACCUCUAUCCCUCUGUCUGGGCUGUAGAUAUUCUGUACAUGAGUGUAAGAUUGGUUCAAGAUGUCAAACUCUUUAUCAGCAUACAUCUAAGAACUGUUGUACAUUAUGGGCUGUCAUGAAUAAUAUUUACCUUGUGCAAUGGUAAAAGCAAUGUGUACAUAUAUGACCAAUAUGUUUGUUUUUUGGGUUUUUUAGCGUUUACUUUGUGGGCAUCAGAAACUGAUCAGACUCAUUUCUUGCCAAAUAAAUUGCUGGAUUAUAUCCGUUCAUCAUAUGAGAAAUUUGCACCAUUUGUUUUUCUCUGCAAACAAGGAUAUUCUAGUUACUUGUUCUGUCAGGCUUCACUGUUGUUUUGUAUGGCGGUACUGUGGGUUUCUGUGAGAGACUGAGAGGAAGAAAGUGUCCGAUGUUUAAGUUUUGUUUUGUUUUGUUUUUUUUUUCAAUUGCUCCAAUAGAGUCAGGCACAAUGUAAUGAUUGACCUUAUUUAUUUUCCAUGGCCAUUAAAUAACACUUUGAGACUCAACCCCCCGUUUAGGUUGUAGGAAGCUCUAUGCACAUGACAAUCAAGAAAAUACAAAGACGUUUCCACAGACAUGACUGUACAGGCUCAAUUAAUAUUUUCUUGAAAUGGUUUACUAACUUGUAUAAUUGACUGUGCAAUAAAUUGAACAUCCAUUUGUCUGUCUUAAAAAUCCUUUUUUAUCUCCUCCAAUUAUGCCUCACAGGAACACAAGCUGACAGUUUUAGCUCUCUUUUCUCAUUUCUUUCGACUGGAAUUGCUGUGAAAAAUAUAUUUUUUUAAUAUAUUACUGAUGCAAUGAUAUCUUCUUAGGUCUAUUGACAGGUAAUUUUAGCCCCAGGAAUUUAC